CUGGCCAAGAAGGAAACAUCCCAGCCUGGCUCUGCCGUGUGGAGCUCCGUGUGACCGAGGGAGGGGCAGUUGUGUGCUCCGAGGAGGGAAUGCACCUCCCUGGAGGCGGGACACGGCCUGCAGUCUGUCAUGAGGGCCCUGCGGGCCUGUGCAGCUUCCUGCCACCGACCAGCUCCAGCACCGCACUCCACCGGGGCUGGGCAAGGAAGCAGAGAGGCCAGAAAAGCAGAAGCGGACACAGGAAAAUUGAGCCCUCUGUGGGAGGCUGGACCUGGUCCACACGGAGGGCUGGUGUGGCCACACAUUGUGUCUGUGCUGGAGAAAUGACCCCCAGGGUCUGGGCCGCAUGGCUGCCCUCUGCUGUGUUCCUCCUGCAGGCCCCAGGCUGUUUGUCCGUGAGCGGCCCCCCCACCAUGAGGGGCACCGUGGGGGGAUCCCUGAGCGUGCAGUGUCGGUACGAGGAGUUGUUCAGAAGGAAUAAGAAAUACUGGUGUGAAAAGUCAUGCUUGCCACUGAAGAACAACAAGAUCGUGGAGACCACGGAGUCAGAGAGAGAAGUGAGGAACGGCCGAGUGACCAUCAGGGACCACCCAGAAAACCUCACCUUCACUGUGACCAUGGAGAACCUCACAGAGGAUGAUGGAGGUGCAUACAGGUGUGGGAUCGAUGUAUCAUUGAACCGAAGAAUUCUGGACCCCGCGUUCGAGGUUGUGGUGACUGUGUACCCAGCCCCCACAACCACACAGAAGAUCUUCGCCAGCACCCUGGGCCCGCCCUCCUCCCUGACAGCCACCACCUUGCUCAGUACGACGUGGCCAGAGACGCCCGAUCCCCGCCAGCACCCCCGGUCCCUGCUCAGCAGCGUCCACUUCCUGCUCCUGGUCUUCCUGAAGCUGCCGGUGUUCCUGAGCAUGCUGGGGGCCGUGCUCUGGGUGAGCCGGCCUCGGCGGGGCCCUGGGGGGGUGCGGGCCGCCCCGAUCUGAGAACCACUAAUACCUGUUGCCGUUGGUGCUCCGGCCAAGGACACAGCCCCGGAUGGGAAUGACCUUGUCUAAUGUGACUAAUAAAUCCAGUGUCACUGUC